CGUUAACGUACUGUUGGUCUGACUACUGCCAACAUGAGCGGCCAGGAUGGCGUCGAGAGGAAGCCUCUCGCCCAAACCCGCAGCCUCACGGCUCCCCACCGUGCCUCAGGAGACGCGGACCCGCACCUGUGCCCCAAGCUCGGUGAGGAAACCGAGGCGUCACUAGUGACGGCGGAGACGGGUGAGCAGAGCUUGGAGGCCGCCGCCCUCCCACCGCCCCGGCUUCCAGAGGAGGGGGGAGCGCCCCAGGACCCCGCGGGCUGUGGCCGUGCUCCCCAGAUCCGAGGCGGUGGGGAUCGCAGUUGCGUAGCGACCAAAGCGGGGCAAGAAGAGACUGCGCCUCCCACGGACGGCCUGGAAGCGGCGUCUGCGUCCGUGGCGACGGACAGCAGCCUGGAAAAUGGCUGUCAGCGUGCAGAGCCGCGCGGCCUCGGCGACGAGAAGGCCCUAGAAGCCUGUGGCGCAGAGAGGUCCGGGUCUGAGGUGAUGGCGGAGGCGAGGGCCGAGGAAGCGAAGACCGAAAAGUGCCCCGUCUUCUCGGGAGCAGGGGAUGAGGAGGUGGUGCAGAAGGAAGGAGCGAAGGAGGAGGACGGAGGGAGGCAGGCGAUGGAGGUGGAGGAGAGGCCAGUAGGUGGAGAAACAGAAAUGGUGGAGGGACAUAGAGCGGUGGAGGAGGUGCGGGAGGAGGCAGGGCCCCAGCCCCUGGGCGUGGAUCUCCGCAUGAACGCGCUGGGGGCCAUCCAGCUGGAACUGGGCGCAGUGAAGGCUCGGGCUGACAGGGCCUUUCAGCAGCUGGAGCAAAGAUUUGGACGGAUGCGUCGACACUACGUGGCGCGGAGGGACUACAUCAUUCAGAAUAUCCCGGGCUUCUGGUUCACUGCCUUUCGGAACCACCCCGAGUUGUCCCCCCUGAUUAGGGGCCAGGAUGCAGCGAUGUUAAGAUACCUAACCAAUUUGGAGGUGAAGGAGCUCAGACCCCCUGGAACUGGGUGGGAGUUCAAGUUCUUCUUUCGAAGAAACCCCUACUUCCUAAACAAGGUGAUUGUCAAGGAAUGUGAGGUCAGACCGUCUGGCGGGGUGGUGUCUCUUUCCACUCCAAUCAUAUGGCACCAGGGCCGUGAACCCCCGUGCUUCUAUGGCAGGAACCCAGAUAUCGUCUGCAGUUUCUUCACCUGGUUUUCAGACCACAGCCUUCCAGAGUCUGACAGGAUUGCUGAGAUUAUCAAAGAGGACCUGUGGCCAAAUCCACUGCAAUACUACCUGUUGGUUGAAGGCGCCCGUAGAGCCAGACAUCGCCCAAUAAGGGAGCCAGUGGAGAUGCCCAGGCCAUUUGGGUUCCAGUCUGGUUAAACUUUGCCCUUGGGAAUACUCUUGCAGAAGGUCCCCUACCACCUCUUGCUGGACCUGUGCUUUGACAACAGAAAUGGGGUUGCCUUCUACUUUUUUUUUUUUCCCUGACAUUUCUGCAGAUUUUUUCCUCUGGACAUUCGGUUCCUUCAACU